AUGCGGCUGAACCUGUUCGGAGGGAGCAGGGCCCUGAUCCCCCUGGGCAGGGCCCUGUGGGGAUGGCGGAGACCGCGGGGCUGCAGCGCCGGGUGUUCGGCCCGGGUGGGGCCGCGCAAGGCAGCAGAUGGCUUGGUGAAAGUUCAGGUGGCUUUGGGGAACAUCGCAAGCAAAAGAGAGAGGAUUAAAAUUUUGUAUAAGAAAAUUGAAGAUUUAAUAAAAUAUCUGGAUCCUCAGUACAUUGAUCGAAUGGCUGUUCCUGAUGCCAUGAAACUGCAGUUCAUCUUAGCAGAGGAGCAGUUUAUUCUUUCCCAAGUCGCCCUUCUGGAACAGGCGAACAACCUCCAGCCGUUCUUGGACAGUGGACACAUCAAAGCUGCUCCUGACCAUGCUGCCAAACUGCAGCGACUUGCUCAAAUCCACAUACAGCAGCAGGCAGUCACAGAGUUUAUUACAAGCAACAAGUCCAAGAUAAUGGAACACCGGAUGUAUUGACAUCUGCACGCAGACAUCAGGUCGGUGUUUGAUGGCCUGCUGCACACAGUUAAAGAAAUCGUGGAGAAGAGCUACACCCCAGGAGAGAUGUGCCACUGCUGAUUCAGUCGAAAUGUCGAAGACAUAUGAACUUGUCAGAACAGAGCGGUAUUGCUGGAGCCCAUCAUUCUUUUCUUUUGCAAACCUUCCAGCUACUAUUUCACAGGACACUGGAGGACGGAUAAGUACACAUACAAGAAAUGCUUUAGGAUCUUCAGUGACCACAACUGGUUUAACGUCUUGUCCAAAAGACAGCACCUCCGUCAGUACAGCACCAGAGAUGGAGAGUGGAAUUCCUCUUAGGGUACAUCUGCAUUGAAAAACAAAACAAAAGCUACAGCGAGUCUCAGAGCCUGGGUGUGACAGGUUCCCUGAGGUACAACCUGGAACUGAAGUACCACUGAGCCUUCUGUCCCAACAGUCUGGAUUUCCUUUCACACUGAGAUGUUGUGAUGAACUGCAAACCUACUGCACUCGCACAAACAUCCACAGGCUGGGACACACCCGGCUGAGUUACAUGAAUGCUUUUGCCAGCCACUCAUGAACCAACACUAGAGAGGCUCCAGCCAGUUCUCCCAGCUCACCAGUCUUGCACCCCUGAAUUGUACCUUCUUACCCUGGUUAAAAGCCUGAUCAGUGUAAGUUUAUUAUCCAGUCUUCCUCUCCCGCAAGGGGAAAAGGGCGUGUAUAAGUUUUUGUUAACUGAGCUAGGAUUUUUUUUCCAUGCACUUCACGCAAGGGCCACUAUUUUGGGUAAAAUAUAAAACUGAUUUAUUAACUACAGCAAGGUAGAGUAGUGAUUAUAAGUAAUAAGUGUACAGAUCAAAGUAGGUUAUACCUUAGAAAUAAAAUCACAAGCUGAGUUCUAUAAACUAGACAGGAUUUGAAUCAAAUCCUGUCUCAUCUUGAUGGUCUAGUUUCUUAAUACACAAACUGGGAUUCUCCUUUCCAGCUUGGGAUCACCUCCCCAGUCAAAGGCUUUGUCCUCCGGGCAUGUUUCCAGGAGCUGAGCUGGGUGGGGAGUGAGGCCAAAAAUCACUGUCUGUGGAAUGGCCUUCUCUUACUGUGACAGUCUGAGGCCUGGUUCUUCGGCUAAGCAGCAAAGGCAGCCAUAAGCUGGGAAGUGUAUGGUCACAU